AUGGGCCAAAGUGAUCGGUUCCAAGGUUCUAUUGUUGACAUUGACACUGGGCUUAAUCAAGCGCCUUGCAUCGGCAUCUGCCCAGCCCAACCUGGUGGUGCACCAGCAAUAGACACACCUAUAGCUCCAGUUAAUAUCGGCGAAGAUGAUCAAGAUGAUGAAGAGCAGGCUCAUCUUUCUGGCAAGAGGUGCAAUAAGAGGUACAGAGCUGAGGGCCCUUGUGGGACGACUGCAUUCAAGAGCCAUUUGAGGUCAAAGCACAGUAUUGUGGAGGGACAACAACAGCUUAAUGUUGGUAAGAACAGUGGUUCUGAAAUGGCUCAUAUCGUGCCUUUCAAAUAUGACCAAGAAGUUAGCUUGAGGAAAUUGAACUUGGCAAUCACCAUGCAUGAAUAUCCUUUCAAUAUAGUUGAGCAUGAGUAUCUUGUUGAUUUCAUAAAAUCUCUUCAGCCUAGCUUUCCGAUAAAGUCUUAUGUCACUAUUAGGAAAGAAAUAAUGGACAGAUAUCUUGAAGAAAAGGAAACUUUGUAUGCACACUUAAAAACUAUCAAGUGCCGCUUUAGUGCAACAAUGGACAUGUGGACCUCAUGCCAAAACAAAGGAUACAUGUGUGUUACAAUUCAUUGGAUAGAUGAUAAUUGGCGUAUCCAAAAGAGAAUUAUUGGUUUCUUCAAUGUAAAAGAUCUAAAAGAGAAUGGUAAUGGCUCCCUAGUGUGUGAUGGGCUGUUUUUUCAUGUCAGAUGUGCAUGUCAUAUUCUCAAUUUGGUUGCUAGAGAUGGGUUGAAAGUCAUUUUGGAAACAAUUAGCAAGUCUGUAGCUUGUUUUCUUGAUCCAAGGUAUAAGAAAAGGCUAAUAGAGUACUACAUGAAGAAGUUCCAUGGUGAUCACUAUCAACUUGCACUCGAUGAGUUUAUUUGUGUGGUAAAGAAACUAUACAACUUUUAUGCUAGUUAUGCUCCUGCACCAGCAAAGAAAACUAGUAGUGUGGCUGCACCUGGACCUAGUAACACAGCUGAUGUAUUAAUGGGAAAUGUAGACCAUGACCUAGAAGAAUUCCUAUAUGAUGAAAGUGAACAUGCUAUGGUUGAGACAAAUGAGUUGGAGAGGUAUAUGGGGGAACCACUACUGAAAAUUGUUGGUGAGUUUGACAUCUUAGCUUGGUGGAAAAACAAGAGAGAAGAGUAUCCUAUCCUUUCACAGAUUGUUCGGGAUGUAAUGGCUGUACAAGUAUCAACGGUAGCAUCCGAGUCUGCAUUUAGUGCUGCUGGUCGUGUUGUUGAUCCUUAUCGCAGUCGUCUUGAUCCCGAGAUGGUACAGGCAUUAAUUUGCACAAAGGACUGGGUUGCUACAGCAAAUGCGAAAGUGGUUGGAUCAAUUGUGAGUCAUCUUGAAGUUGAUGCUUUGACUAAUGUUGUGGCUAAACUGAAAAUUGAGGACAAGGACAAGGAGGGCGAUGGGGACUCUGAGGAGGACAAUGAGGAUGCAAAAGACAUGGAGAGCGAUGGGAACUCUGAUCCUGACAUCAUGGAUGAUGCUGAUGAGCUCUAG